AUGGCGCCCGUACAACAGGAAAAGGAGACCCGUAUUGCCAUCGUCAACUCGGACAAAUGCAAGCCUAAGAAAUGUCGUCAGGAAUGUAAGAAGUCGUGCCCCGUCGUCCGUAUGGGUCGACUCUGUAUUGAGGUGACACCGACCAGCAAGAUCGCCUUCAUCUCCGAAUCUCUUUGCAUUGGUUGUGGUAUCUGCCCCAAAAAGUGCCCCUUCGACGCCAUCAACAUCAUCAAGCUUCCCACCAAUCUCGAGAACGAGACCACCCACAGAUACAGCGCCAACUCGUUCAAGUUGCAUCGUUUGCCAACACCACGUGCUGGUCAGGUUCUUGGUCUUGUCGGUACCAACGGUAUUGGAAAGUCGACAGCACUCAAGAUCUUGGCAGGCAAGCAGAAGCCCAACUUGGGCCGUUACGACGACCCACCCGACUGGCAGGAGAUUCUCAAGUACUUCCGUGGUUCCGAGUUGCAGAACUUCUUCACCAAGGUGCUUGAGGACAACAUAAAGGCGCUAAUCAAGCCUCAGUAUGUCGACCACAUUCCCCGUGCCAUCAAGGGGAAGGCUUCCGUCACUCAGCUCUUGGACGGCAAGCUCGAAAAGGACAACAAGCAGAUGGUCAUCGACAUGCUCGACCUUAAGGAGGUCCUCGAGCGAGACGUCCAGCAGCUGUCGGGUGGCGAGCUUCAGCGAUUCGCCAUCGGCAUGUCGUGCAUUCAAAACGCCAACGUAUACAUGUUCGACGAGCCAUCGUCGUAUCUCGACGUCAAGCAGCGUCUCAAUGCCGCCCGAAUGAUUCGCUCCCUUCUCGACUCCAACACCUACGUCAUUGCCGUCGAGCACGAUUUGUCCGUUCUCGACUACCUUUCCGACUUUAUCUGCUGUCUCUACGGUGUCCCUUCCGUUUACGGUGUCGUUACCGUCCCCUCGCCCGUUCGUGAUGGUAUCAACAUUUUCCUCGAUGGUUACAUCCCCGCCGAGAACAUGCGUUUCCGUGAGGAGUCGCUUUCGUUCAAGAUCUCCGAGACUGCCGAAGACGAGGUGCUCGACAGGACACCCAAGUACGUCUGUCCACCCAUGACCAAGACUCUCGGUAACUUCAGCCUCAACAUUGAGGGUGGAGAAUUCAGCGAUUCCGAGAUCAUUGUAUUCCUCGGUGAGAACGGUACCGGUAAGACUACCUUUGUCAAAAUGCUUGCUGGCAAGCUCGAGCCUGAUCCGGGUGCCAAGAAGCCUCCUCAACUCAACGUGUCAAUGAAACCCCAGACCAUCGCACCCAAGUUCCAGGGUACCGUCCGCAUGCUCUUGCUCAAGCAGAUCAAGGCUGCCUUCAUGCACCCUCAGUUCCAGACCGAUGUCGUCAAGCCCAUGUCGAUCGAGCCCAUUAUCGACAACGAUGUUCAGACCCUCUCCGGCGGUGAGCUCCAGCGUGUUGCGCUUGUCCUUGCCCUCGGUAAGCCUGCCGACAUCUACCUGAUCGACGAGCCAUCCGCCUACCUCGACUCGGAGCAGCGUAUCAUCGCUUCGCGUGUCAUCAAGCGUUUCAUCAUCCACUCGCGCAAGACCGCCAUGAUCAUCGAGCACGAUAUCAUCAUGGCCACCUACCUUGCUGACCGUGUCAUUGUCUACGAGGGUCAGCCAUCCGUCAAGGCCACCGCCAAGCGUCCCGAAUCGUUAUUGACUGGUAUGAACAGCUUCUUGGCCACUCUCGAGGUCUCGAUGCGUCGUGAUCCUACCAACUACCGUCCACGUGUCAACAAGUUCAACUCGAUCAAGGAUAAGGAGCAGAAGGCCGCUGGCAACUACUUCUUCUUGGAGGAUUAA